CAUUAAAUUCAAUGGAAUCGUCCUAGACUUGACAGAGUCGUUUGCAAGACUCAGCAAAAUCUAAAUGCCAUAUUUCUAUAUAAUAAAUCUUAAGAUUAAAACCACAAUUCAGAGUCCUUGAUUAAGAAAAAGCAAAUAUGGAAGGAGAGAAAAGAAGGGUCGUCAUCAUUGGUGGUGGCGUUGCUGGUUCUCUUCUAGCUAAAUCUAUCCAGUUCAAUUCCGAUCUCACUCUCAUUGAUGAAAAAGAAUAUUUUGAGAUACCAUGGGCCAGGUGGAGGGCAAUGGUAGAGCCAUCAUUUGGUGAGAGAUCAGUGAUCAACCAUAGAGAUUAUCUCACAAAUGGCAGAAUUGUUGCAUCGAGGGCCAUCAAUAUUACUGAAACUGAAGUUUUGACUGCUGAGGGCCGCCAUAUUCCCUAUGAUUACCUCGUCAUUGCCACUGGGCACACAGAUCCUUCACCCAAAACAAGGAGUGAGAUGCUAAACCAAUACCAAGCAGAAUAUGAGAAAAUAAAUUCGGCUCGUUCAAUUUUGAUUGUUGGAGGAGGCCCUACUGGUGUAGAGCUUGCAGCAGAAAUUGCUGUUGAUUUUCCAGACAAGUUGCUUACAUUGGUGCAUAGUGGUUCAAGGUUACUGGAGUUUGUGGGACUCAAGGCUGCUGAAAAAUCUCUCAAUUGGUUGACUUCAAAAAAAGUUGAAGUGAAAUUGGAGCAAUCAGUGAUUCUUAAUGAUGAUGAUGAUGGUGAUGGUGAUGAUAUUGUAAAUGAUGGAGUAAGAGUAUUUCAAACUUCUGGAGGAGAAUCUGUAAAGGCAGAUUGCCAUUUUGUAUGCACUGGGAAUCCUGUGGCUUCGUCAUGGCUUAAGCGAACUCUUCUGAAAAAACACUUGGACAAGCACGGAAGAUUGAUGGUUGAUCAGAAUCUAAGAGUCAAGAAUCGAGAGAACAUCUUCGCCAUUGGAGACAUUACUGAUGUUCCAGAGAUAAAACAAGGAUAUUUGGCACAAAAACAUGCUUUGGUGGCUGCAAAGAACUUGAAGUUAAUUAUGGAUGGAGAGAAAGAAAGCAGAUUGGAAAAGUACGAGCCUCGUAGAGUGAAGGCAAUAAUGGUUUCACUUGGGAGGAGAGACGCAGUGGCUCAGUUCCCAUUCACAACCGUUUCUGGAAGUGUUCCUGGAAUGAUCAAAUCCAAAGACCUCUUUGUAGGGAAGACAAGGAAGAAGUUGGGUCUACAACCUAAUGCUACACAAAUUGAUUAGUAAUAUUUGAUGAGAGAAUUAUGUAUAUAUGAUAUUUUUAAGUAGGUGAAUUUUGUCAUUCGUCACAUCAUUUCGUCUCUUCCUUUAUUUUCUAAAGAAGACUUUAUCUAUAAAGGAAUUAAAGUUACAAAUUGAAGGUGGGAUUUCCUUCUAA